AUGGGCUUCAUCUCGCGCAUCAUAAGCUUCUUUGGGCUCGUCUUGCUCGCUCAUGCCGGCUACUCUGCGCACGAACACACUGUUCUCUACGCCUCAACCUCGACCGCCCUCCCACAAGACAUCGUCGUCGAGGCACUCGUCUCGCUCCUGAUCGUUUCCACGGGGCUAGUCCUUGGCGCGGAGAAGCUGAAGCCUGUAUCUUGGAGUGAGUGGGCGAAGGAGGUUGAGAGGGAGGGUCUUGGACGGAAUCCGUAUGUGAGGCUCGAGGAAAGGUAUAGCUUUUGGGAUGUGCGGGCGAAGAGGAAGGAGUAUGCAGAUUGGAUUCGGGGGAAUGCUGUUGAUGCUCCUGUGAAGGGUUGA